GUUUUGCAGGUUUUUCAAGGCACCGCACAGCAGCAUUGCUGUAGUCGACAAAAAGACCCUCUACUUGUCUACAUCCUUCGACGUCAAAGCGUUAAAAACCGACAAAGAUGAGCCUCUUGAACAACGAGAUGCUGUUGGGGGAUUCAUUAUCCCCCUUCAGCCAGCCGUGUUCGGUGGCUGAGGAAGGUUUGGGACUCCUAGAUGACUACCUGGAGGUGGCCGAGCCCCUCAGUUCGCAUGGGUUCUCCAGCGACAAGGCUAAGGCAGUCUCCUCCAAUUGGCUUGCUGUGGACAGUUUAGGCAACACCAUAGAUAGCAGCCAGGAGGAUGCCUUCUCUGGCAUGGAGUGGAUGGUGGAGAAGAUGGAUCUGAAGGAAUUUGAUUUUGAUGCCCUGUUAGGUAUGGAACAUCUGGAAGCCACCGUCUCACCAGACGAGCUGAUGGCCACGUUGGAAGACACGUGUGAUCUCCUAUUUAACCCUACCAUCCAGGAAUUUCACAGCAAAGAACCUCCACUGAUAACUGACCUAAUCACCCAUCUCCCCGAAUCUCCAAUUGGAGCAGAUCCCAUGGUCCCGUUGCCUUCCCUUUGGUCUUUCCCGCUCUCCCCAGGGUCUCUGACUUCCACUCCAGACCAUUCGUUUAGUUUAGAACUAGGUAGUGAAGUGGAUGUUCUGGAAGGAGAAAGGAAACAGGAGGGCCCCACUGUUGUGGUGGUGAUUGCCAAGUCUGAGAAGGAGGAGGAGAACCAUUCCGAUGAUAGUGGGAUAUGCAUGAGCCCAGAUUCCUACCUGGGAACACCCCAACAUAGUCCACCCAAUCCGGCUGGAUCCCACCAUGACAACCCGUUCCCCGCAGAUGCUGGCUGCGGCUCUGUGAGAUCCAAACCGUACGAUCACCCCGCAGAGAAGGUAGUGUCAGCAAAGGUGAAAGGGGAAAAGAAAAUAGAUAAGAAAUUGAAAAAGAUGGAGCAGAACAAGACUGCUGCCACGCGGUACCGGCAGAAGAAGAGGGCGGAGCAGGAGGCACUGUCUGGGGAGUGUAGAGAGUUGGAGCAGAAGAAUCAGGCCCUGAAGGAGAAAGCAGAUUCCCUUAGUAAGGAAAUCCAGUACUUAAAAGAUCUGAUUGAAGAGGUCCGCAAGGCCAAGGGCAAAAGAGCUAGAGUCCCUGAGUAGGGUAGUCAGCAGUGUUCAUGUGCAUGUAAAUAAGCUUGCCGCUAAAGCUGUGUAUUGCUGUCUCAAUAAAUUAUUUUAUAGUAAACUUG